GCAUGUACACUAGAAUGCGAAGGAAAGCUGCCUUCUGCCAAAGCCUGGGAGACCUGCAAGGAGCUCCUGCAGCUGGCAAAGCUGGAUCUUGCUGAGGAUGGCAACAUUGCUCCAGGAGACAAGAAAGAGCUGGAUGAAAACCAUUUGCUCGCAAAGAAGUAUGGAGGCUUCAUGAAAAGAUACGGGGGGUUCAUGAAGAAAAUGGAUGAGCUCUAUCGGGUAGAACCAGAGGACGAAGCAAACGGAGGAGAAAUCCUGGCUAAGAGGUAUGGAGGGUUUAUGAAGAAAGACUCGGAUGACGAUGCCCUUGCUAAUUCCUCUGAUCUGCUGAAGGAGCUUCUAGGAACAGGGGAUAACCCUGAAGCGGGACAUUACCGAGAGAUAAAUGAAAACGAUGGGGACGUCAGCAAAAGAUAUGGAGGAUUCAUGAGAAGCAUAAAGCGCAGCCCUGAAUUGGAAGAUGAAGCCAAAGAGCUGCAAAAGAGAUACGGUGGUUUCAUGAGAAGAGUGGGCAGGCCAGAAUGGUGGCUGGAUUACCAGAAACGAUACGGUGGGUUUCUUAAGCGCUUCGCCGACUCCAUUCUGCCUUCAGAAGAAGAUGGGGAAGCUUAUUCCAAAGAGGUCCCAGAGAUGGAAAAGAGAUAUGGUGGAUUUAUGAGAUUUUAAUACUUUUCCCUUUAUCCCUUUUGUCCUACAUGAGAAAGACUGCCUUAUUGGUCAUAACUUAUUGUAACGUGUUGCUUGUACUGUACAGUUUUUUUACUGUCCUUGGUUAAUGAUGCAACCUGCGAUUUGUUGUUUCAGGUUCUGUGUUCUCUCCAGUCAAAUAACUGAUUUCUAGUUUAGUCAAGUUUCAGUCUGUAUUGUAGUUUCCAUGCUAGAACUAUUUUGAUUCCUGUAUUCAUUUUCUUUAAAGAGGAAGUACAUCUACAGUAGAGUUCCUUAACUGUAUAUACAAUAAAUUCUUCAUCCUAACUGCAUAAA